AUGGCGAAGUGCUCAAGCAAGUGGGCCAUUGCGGGCGCUGCCAGCGUGCUCCUCGUGAUCGUCAUUGGAAUGGUCCUGGGCUUCACGCUGCUGUGGGUCCAUCAGCCAGUCUGUACGCAGGAUGCAGUUUGUCGACCAGAUGCAGACAUGCUGGACUACUUGCUGAGCCUGGGCCAGAUCAGCCGGAAAGAUGGCCUGUUGGUCACCUGGUACCAUGCUGCCAACAGCCAGAAGGACAUGAGGGCUGCCCUGGAAAGCGACAUCAUGGUCCUGGAGGCGGACGUCAACAUAGAAGGACUCAACACAGCCAACGAGACAGGGGUCCCCAUCAUGGCGCACCCCCCGCUCAUCUACAGCGACAACACACUGCAGCAGUGGCUGGAUGCUGUGCUGGACUCUUCCCAGAAGGGUAUCAAGCUAGACUUCAAGAGCAUCAAGGCUGUGGGGCCCUCCCUGGACCUCCUGCGGCGGCUGACCGACGAGGGGAAAGUCCGGAGGCCUGUGUGGGUCAACGCUGACAUCGUGCGGGGCCCCAACGUGCCCAUCUCCAUCGAAGUCAAUGCCACACAGUUCCUGGCCUUGGUCCAGGAGAAGUAUCCCGAGGCCACCCUGUCUCCGGGCUGGACCACCCUCUACUUGCCCCUGUUCCCGAGCAGCACGUACACCCGCGCCAUGAUAGAGAAGAUGCAGGCGCUGGUGGGAGCGGUGCCACAGAGGGUCACCUUCCCUGUUCGGGCUGUCAUGGUGCGGGCUGCCUGGCCCCAGUUCAGCUGGCUGCUGGGCCAGUCGGACAGGUACAGCCUGACACUGUGGCAGGGUGCCUCAGACCCCGUGUCCGUGGACGAUCUCCUCUACAUCCGGGACAACUGUGCCACCCACCAAAUCUACUAUGACCUCUACGAGCCUGUCCUGUCGCAGUUCAAGCAGCUUGCAAUGAAUGCCACACGGAAGCGAAGUUACUACUCCGGAGGCAGCCUGAUCCCUCUCCUCCAGCCUCCGGGGGGCGACGCUCUGCGCGUGGAGUGGCGGGUUCCUGACAUCCAGGGCAAUGCAACAGCGGCAACCGUCCAACUCCCAGGAGGAGAAGGCAUGAUCCUGCUGCACGUCGUCCUCCAGAAGCCCGCCGCCGUCGGAGAUGCCGUGCCGGUCGUGCGCGCCCCGGGCGGUCCUGCCCUGGCGCUGGAUUCGUGCCUGCUGCAGCUCGCCACCCACCCCGGACGCUGGGGAGUCCACCUGCACAUAGCUGAGCCCACGGCCCUCCGGCCAGCCCUGGCCGUGCUGGCCCGCCUCUCCGGCCUCCGUCGCCUUCCCCUGCCCGUGUGGGUGGGGGCCACCGUCUCCCACGGGAGCUUUGCAGCGCCUGGCCACGUGGCCGGCGAGGAGCUGCUUUCCGCCGUGGCCCAGGUGUUCCCCCACGUGACGGUGGCCCCGGGCUGGCCGGAGGAGGCGCUGGGCGGUGGCUACGGGGAGCAGCUGCUCACGGACAUGCUGGAGCUGUGCAAGGGCCUCUGGCAGCCCGUGUCCUUCCAGCUCCGGGCCGGGCUGCUGGGCCACAGCACGGCCGGCGUGGUGGCCAGGUUGCUGGCGGCCUCCCCCAGGGCCACGGUCACCGUGGAGCACAGCCCCGCGGCGGGCAGCUACGCAUCCGUGCGGAAAGAGCUGCUGGCGGCCAGGGCCGUGGACAGGACCCGGGUCUACUACAGGCUGCCCCAGAGCUACCGCAAAGACCUGCUGGCAGAUGUCGGCGGAAACUGA